GCUACGAUUCCGAGGUUGUUUAUCGCUGCGCUUCUGCCACCUGCCGUUUUCAAUUGUUGUAACUGCUGUCAGAGUAGUCGAACUUUGGAAUGUUUUGCACCUACAAGAAUCGGUUGUCGAUGCGGAAGUAGAAAGGUCGUGUAAAUGUGUAAGUGUCUGCUCUGUCGGCCUUAACGUUUGCAAUGUCGGUGAUGUAUACAGUGAGAAUUGUCGAUGGAGUAUCGGUCUUUCCUCUAUGGGUCUACACCUCGCUUCUCCCAUCCACUCUUGUGACCCUGGUCGAAAAAGUAGAAGAUGUUGUUCCUUGAUUGUUCGUUACUGAAAAGCGUUGAAUUUUUUACAUGGACAGUAGGGCCUCCCUGAUGUCAGCCAGGAUGACAUUCGCAGUAGGUAAUAUCUAAGGGGAUUGAUCAUCAAAAUUAUAGGCUUCUGCAAAUAUGACAAGAAAACACACGGACUACCUUCUCCAAAACAAUAAAUGCUCCCUCGAGGACUCUCCUUCAACCCAAAAUGUUAGCAGUUUUUUUUUUCAGUCUACGCAUACUUUCAUGAUAGCAGUAGGUACAGAAGCACAUGCAGAAAUCGUUUUUUUUCCGCUUGUUGUUUUUUCAUGCAUGACGUAAUUGGUGUUUUUUUUUCAGGAAAAUUUGAUAAUCUAAUGAUAAAAAAAUCUGUAAGGAGGAAGGUGGCUUCUUAUCUGCUAGCUAAUGUGUAGUGAAAUUAUCGAUGUUUUUUUCAAUUUCCAAACCGAAUACAGACAUAAUUACUUAGGCGUUCUCGUCUAUCCUAGAAAUUAGAUUGGUACCAACGUACUACUACUAGCGAAAUAUAAUCGGACGCGGAGAAGUAUUUUUUUCAACCUAACAAUCGAAUUCAAAGUUGCAAGCAAUCUACAAUCAAAUUUUGACACCAGAGUAAGUAUUUACUUAAAUAUUUAUGUGAAGAUUUUUCAUUAGAUAAAAGUUAAAAGCAAUUGUUUAACACAGUCGUGUUUGUGCAUGAGCAGUUCGUUACAAGCAGUUGGCGUUCUCUUGCAUCAAUCGGCUCGGUGGAACGAUCGAGACGAUGUCGCCUUUGCAGGAUAGUCUCCUGUUUGAGUUGGAUGGGAUAACGGAUGCGCUGAAGGAAGAAGACGACAAACGCAGAGGAAACCAACAACACCAGCGGAUCGAUUUUAGCAAUGAGCAGAUUGAUAUUCAGGAUGAGCAGCUCUUCCAUGCUUCUUCGGGGUUGAAGUUGGGACCGGCUGGUACAGAUAGUGAGAUAGUUGUACACUUCUUGACUGUUAGGAGUUGGAUAGUUGGAUACGUUGGCUGUUACAAUAGUUGGAUAUGUUGGCUGAUGUUAGGAGUUGGAUAGUUGGAUAUGUUGGCUGUUAGGAGUUGCUUUGCUCGUCCUCUUCAUGAUUCUAAAUUAGUUCUUACAGAGUAGAUUGGAUCAUGUGCUUUAGAUUGGAUCAUUUGGUUCUCAACUACUGUCCCUUUCCGCAUCAUGCGAUCCAUGCGCACGGCCGAUCGUUGUCGCAUCUAUCAGGUAUCAUCAAAUGGCGCAAAGCCUUGCGUCAUUUUCAUACACCUAAGAAAGAGAAGGUCUUAAAACGGCGCUUUUCCGAGAGUGCUGCUAGUUGCGCACUCACGCGUAGUUUGAGCAGCAAACCACACCAAAACCCAUCGAAAGCCGAUAAGGACAGAAGUAUCAAAAAGGGAAGAGAUAGAAGUAAACAGAAAGCAGAAGUUGUAGCAGAGGGUCUUUCUUCCGUUGGGGAAGUACAAGAGGAGGGCUAUUAUGGUGGACGAGACGCUCAGGCAGAGAAGGAUACUGGAGGAGAUGCAGUCCAACCAGAGCAAGACCCCUCUCUUGAUCUUGAAGAGGACCAGAACAAGAGCAGCCAGAAGAAUUUCUACAGCAAAAGUAGUAGAAGAAGUUCCAUUAGAGCUGCUGCACCUAGACUACAACAAGGGACAGUGCCUGUAGAGUCUCAUGCAUCAAUAGACCCGAAUACAAUAACUCCUUCUACUACAAUAUCCUGUUCAUCCAGUGGUUUGUCUUGUUUUUCAUCCUGUUCUUCGGGGAAUGCUUUCACUUCCGCUAAUUCUGGUUGUCCUUUCUCAUCAUCGUCAACAUCUACUAUGAGAGCCACUACUAUGUCGUGCUCAACAUCAAGAGAUCCCCACCUCGUUGAGGCUAUCAACAACAACGCAGCGUCGUCAGUGCGACGGUCGCGUCUACCGCAGAGACGGAGCUCUAUGUACGCCGGAGCUGCGCCACCGGCAAGCCUGAUAAACGGAGCAUGUGCGAGGAUAACGAAGGAAAUAGAAGACUUCGACUUAGUUUUAGCAAGGGUGAGUAGUAGCACAUCUGCUGGUGGGGGGCUAGGAAUUUGUUCUUCGGGUAGCACAAAGGCUGGAGUUGGAGGACACCUACAAAUAGGCGGAUCUACUAGUAGCAGUUGUAUUCCAGCACCGAAUUGUUCUACUAGUAGUUCUAGUACUGUGAGUGGACUGUUCUUAGCCUCAGGUGGAGAAGAACAAAGAAACAAGUAUUCAUCUGCUCUACCUAAUGUGGGCUCUCUUCAGAUUCCCAUGAUGUUCCAGCCGAAUCCACGUGGUAUAGUUUUGACACCGGUUGAAGAAGUUGGAGGAGGUGCUGCGGGGCUCGAGCUAGUAUUGAGUCCUGCGAAACGUGAUUCGCGUGCGUCAUCCACUGCUAGCUGUGAGGAAGCUGCAGUGACAUUAGAUACAGGAUUAGAUCGUUCAGCAGGAGAGCUAGAUGCAGGACUGCUAGAAGAUGUAGACCUAGUAGGAACUACAGCUUUAGACGAUGCGCCGAGAGCAGAACCUGCUUUGCUUAUAAGCACACGACGUGAAGAUAGUGGUCGACGAAGGUCCACUUUUCCUUGUUUGUUGGAAGACGAAAGCAAGCUUUUAGUGGAUACUAAUUAUAAUUCAUCUAGGACUCCAGCAGCAGACAGGGAGGACGACGGCUGCUCUCCUAUAGCUUCGUUGCUGCUAUUAUCGACAUCAGACGAGGAACGGGAGGUGGCGAACCGUGGCUCCAACCAGAAAGGUGUAUUUCGAUCCGGAGGUGAUGAACAGGCGGUUGGAGGUGCAGGAUCUUUUGUAUUUUCUGAUGAUGAGGACGAGGACCACGACAACGAUGAUCGUUCGUGUCCUCGGACGGGGUGUCCAAAUAAUGUGUUGAGCUCUCCUGCUCCAACAAUACAUCCAAGAACACCUCCGUCGAGCAACAUCCGCGCCACCUCUAUCGUAGUGCUAGGUGGCGAUCAUCGUGGUCUAGAACGCAUCAGCGAAGAGCACCUGCUUCUCAAAAGUGUCAGCCGCACUUCUUCUGUGCCUCUAGUACAGGAAGCGACUUGUUCUACCAGUUGUGCUGCUGCUGGUACAACUAGUACAACUUGUAUUACUUCUUCUGCAGGACCAGGAGGAGUAGUUGGGCAGGGAGAGGAAGCUGUGCGCAACCACGACGCACGCCCAGAAAUGGAUGGGCCGACGACCUCCUGUUCAUCUUCCUCGAUAGAAGAUGCUCGUCACGAUGAGGAUCAGUCCCAUGAAGACGGGUCCUCACGCGAGAGCAGCGAGCGGCCCGGGUCACCCUGUGACGAUAGCGUUUCUGGCGAAGAGUAUCUCAAUAUGAUCGACCCAAAAGACCUCUAUUUCGGAGGUGGUGAUCAUCAUCAUAGAAAGACGUAUAGAAGCAGAAGCAACUCGAAAUCUAGUCAUCACAAUACGAGGAUUAGCAAAUCUCAUAAUCAUGCUGCAUCUUCCCGUUCAAGCAAAUCAACGAGUGGGGUUGGAGGUCAUGGUGGGGUAGCAGGAGUCGGUCCAAGCAGCGCCGGAGGGAGCUCGAAAAAUACCAAUACCUGCAGUAGUACAACAACCUCUUUCAGCCAUCAACCGACGCCAGGAGGACUAGGCGGAUAUAAUGCUGGACCCGGGUCGACGUCGAGGUCGUCUAUGAUGGCAGGCAGUCUAUUAGGACACCAUCAGGUAGGAGGGUCAUCUUCUGCGUCUGGUACAACUCCUCCUGGAUCGUCAGGCACAGCGCAAGCCAGCGCAUCAUCCAAUUGUAGAGAGCAACAAAGUGCGAGUCUUUUCCUUGGUCAAGGGGCUUCGGCAUCGGUGCUACGAGCAGUUCACAAGCCCAGUGGGCAGCCUGUGGCGGUGAAGGUGAUCAACGCUCAAAAGAGUGCAGCGCAAUUUUAAGGCUCCUCAGUGAUGAAUUUCAUUCGCUCUAAAUGUGUGCCUGCUUGUCCCGAUACUGCCACUUUGCACUUGAAGCUCUUGCGGACCUCAUGAUGUAGCAUUCGAUGUGCAAUAUUCACAGCCUAAGCUAACCAUUCAACAUGAGCAUGGGGUAGUUAACAUUAAAUCUUCAAUAAACAAAGCAAUCUACUCUUUCUCUAACAACCAGUAAACGACGUAAACAUCUUUCUAGAAAUGGCAGAUGCACGCUCACCGUUUUUAGUGAGGAUGUUGGGAGCCUAUCUGGUGAAUCAGCAACAGGUCCACAUAGUGCUCGAGUACAUGGAUCUGGGGUCUUUGGCUGACGUUUUCCGAGACAAGUUCCGAUCUGCGCCAACCAGUAUUCACAAUUAUGUGGGAGGAAUAGGGAUUCCUUAUAUCAAUUAGCAGUAUAUUAAUAAUCGUACAUGAUGCACUAUUGCAGCGAGCUAGUCUUCUAUUGACUAUUCUUGAUAUCCACAGUCACAAAUGACAAGUCCCGUCUUCGUCGUACAAGCAUUUACUUGAAUAGAAGCCCUCUAAUAUGCACAAAUCACGGGAGCAGGAGGCCCAUCGAGGGGAGCGACCUCGACAUUCUUGUCCUCUUCGUUUCGGAUACCUGAACCGAUUCUAGCCUUCCUAGUUAUGCAGAUGACGGAGGCACUCAAAACGCUGCACCUGAACGACAUUUUGCAUAGAGGUACAUUGGGAGUUCUCUAGUACAGUUUUUGAAGUGUAAUAGGAGAACAAAUUAUUCCUGCAGCUUCAGUCCUAGAGAAGCAUCUUCCUGGAGGUCGUGUUUCACGAGCUUUCCAGUUAAAGCAAAAAGAUCAACAGUUCUUGCUUGAAGCAUGACACUGACCAUUAUAAGGAGCAAAAUCAAUACGAUGUAUCGAUCCUUCCAAAAAACAAUCUCUCAACUCUCUCGACAGAUAUUAAGCUCGAGAACAUCCUCGUCAACUCCCUCGGUGAAGUGAAACUAACCGAUUUUGGUGUUAGUCGUAAGCUUGGAGCGGACGAAGACGGCCGAUUAAACACUUUCGUGGGCACUCGUGCUUGCAUGGCCCCAGAGCGGUUUGGUAUAGGGAGCUGGAACUCUCAAUACGGGAAGCCCAGUGAUAUUUGGUUAUGAUGAAGCAUGAUACACAUGGAUCUUGUCGAAUAAGUCUCAAACCAAAGUCUAAACGACAAGAAUGCAGUUUUUCCUGUCUCGUACAACACUCAAGACCCUCGAUUAGAUCAAAUACAGUCCUCACAGCCAUCAAUCACCAACCAGGAAUGCAUUCCUUUUGUGGAUGAUUUUGGUCUUCUUGUUUCUCUGUGUCAUUGAGGCCACCUGGAUUUAAAUUGAAUUAAAACAAGAUAAAAUCAAAAAUUUUCGUUUUCAAUUUGAAACUUCCAAGCUUUUGUGUUAUGAAGAUAGUUAGCAAAACAUCCUAGGAAACCAAGUAAGCCAAAGAUUUGAUGUUGAGUGUUUCUAGGAUUGGAAAAAAAGUUCGUUGGAAAUUUUCAAAAUUUGAAAUUUCUAACGAGUGUCUACACAACUUUGAAGCUUUACCUUUGAGCAGUCUUUAUCACAUCUGAAACUUUUGAAAGCUUCAAACUUCGAAAAACUUGUUAAAUGAGUGGAAUCACAGUUGCAACUUACGGAAGAUACUAGAACACCGUAUUGUAGUAUCUAAAUCUAUAAGGGAAACAAUUUUGUCAACAAAGGCAAGCUGAAUUAUCCCUUUCUUCAUACUGUAGCCUCGGAAUCUGCGUUUACGAAUUGGCCUGCGGAACGCUGCCACAAGGCAGAUACGCCUUUGCUGGCCUAGACGAUGGAUUGAACUGGCUAUUCGAUGGGGAAGGACCGAGACUACCCAAUAAUGUGGUACCGAAGGAACAGAUGGGCGUCGUGGGCGCCAAGAUGAGUAAAGUGACAACCACGGGCUAUCCAGGGAAGAAGGAAUCGACAACCAAGGGAAAUCCAGAAGCUUAUCCAGAAGCUGAAGCUUCCUCAGAGCGACCAGUAGCCCCUUCUACAUCAAAGGAUGAGCAUAGCAAAAACAGCAGCACCGAGCAGUUGCUGGCACAGAUAAUAGAUGCAGACUCACCACAGGAUGGGCAGCUUCAGAUGUUCGAGAAGCAAAUAGACCAUCAAGUAGGAGCAUUAUCGUGCAGCAACAGUACUGUGACACCUUCUGCUGGGACCCUGUCUUCGACAUGCUUCUUCAGUGACAAUGGUGGGGUGCCGAGCUUGUCAGGAAGCAGGGCGCCUGAGCAUGUAGUUGAAGCUUCCUCGAGCAAGAAUGCUUCAUCUAGUUCCAGCACAACUGCAUCUCCAAGACAGCAUCACGAACGACCAGUAUCGCAACAGGAGCAUUCACCCAGCUCCACCACUCCAACAUUCUCCACGAAUUAUAGCAAGAUGAAUUCGAAAUCGAAGUUAGAUAAUCAUAAUUUUCACUUGUUGUAUUCGCCUGAACUGUGUGACUUCGUUGCGUGUUGCCUCCAGCUUGAUCCUAGGAAGAGGAAGGACGUUUUUGACCUUGGCGCUCACCCUUUUUUAGCCAAGGCAUUCGAAACUACGCAACAAGAAGUUGCAAACUUCUUGAAAGAAUUCAAGGGGAGAUAGGGAGAUAGAAGUGAAGAUAAUUGUCGUGGCUGAAUGGGAGGGGGUGGAGAGGCGCGACUAACAAGUGGUCGAAGAAGCGCAUGAUCGAUCGAAAGACAGGGACUUCACUGCAUAACGAAACUCUCAAAGAUAGACACGCAUCAUAUUAACCGAUUGCAAUUCAUAGACCUCAAAAAUCCACAGAAUGAAAAUUACGUUUUUUCAUCACAGCCAUUGAUUUAACAUUUCACUUCAACGCAAAUACUUAGAACCAUUGAACGUAUUAGAACCGAAUGCCUUACAACACCUAUUACCUCAAGUUUAGCAUGCUAUCUUACAACAUCGAUCGCAGUUAAUGGACAGUUAAUGAACAGUUUUUGUUUUUCGUUCUUGAUAUCAGAAGGAUAUUCAAACACAUAAUAUUCAACCAGUAUCGCGAAUCAAUCACAACUAUCUUACAAUCUAAGUAACUAUCGUACAAAUUGAAACAUCGUCCAGAGACGCGGACAGAGUUUUCUUUUCCAUAAUACAUAAAGACACACAUUCAUUGUGAACGCUAGUCGGGCUCCACCUUUAGAAAAUCACCCAUUGACCACAUGUAUAAACCUUUAUUUGGAUCUUUGAUGCUUAGAUGAAUAGCAUAGUGUACAAAACGACAGUUGCAUACAAGUACUUUGGUGAAAUCUAAUAUUACCUCUGAUUGGGCUACAGGGAACAAUAAUCCGUGUCUUGAUUUGGACACUUUAUUAACCAUGUACUAUACGAGUCUACAUAGUAUCUUUAUCCUAUUGGCUGCACAUCCUUCUGAAGCCUGUAUAUAGAAAAUACUUUUGGCAUGAUAUUUAUCAUCUGUAUUUUAGUUCUUGAGCACAUUACAACAUCUAAAUCUAUUGGGCUGGACGGUGAAUACUUAAAUUUGGCGAUUGGUUCUUUAUUUAUAGGAAUUUGAGAUCAACAGUUAAUAUUUUCCAUUUUUUCAAUGACUUCCACACUGACGACUACAUUCCAACGACAAGAAAACAACGACAAGUGACGCAUCUUAUGAUCUACUUCUUUCUUCGUGAUGAAAGGAAACGAAAACC